UCUGGGCCUCUCAUCGAGGGCUUUUCCUGAGAGCCUUUCUAUCUGCAGCAUAGAUGCGAUCAGCGAGGCAGGAAGGCAGAAACAGAGCAGGCGGAGGGGAAGAGAGGGAGAAGAAAGGCGAGUUGCGAUUUCCAGUCUUGCGCUUCCUCUCUAAUUUAGUGAUGGCUUCGCUCUCUUUCCUGCCUUUGACUAAAUUGUGACUAUAGCUUCCUCCCAAAGGGCUUCCAGCUUCUCCCUUUUCCCCCAAUUCCUCAACUUGAAUGUCCUCCUCCUCAACAACCUCCCCUUUCCUCUUUCUUUUCAAUGCUCCGAGUUCCUCUCAAAUGUCAGCGUGCCACGAGUGGGUGGCAGGCAGCGCCAUCUCAGCGAGCCCCGUCUACGCUUUUUUGCUGCAGUGUGAGGAUCGGGCUAAAGGAAGGAAAGCAAGCGAGUGAGGGAGGGAGAGUUUUCACGUGCGGGCCGUUUCGGCAGCGGCCACCUGACGUGGCCUGAGGCGUGUCGCCAUGGCAGCUGUCCUUCGACUGGCAUGUCAGAGACUGUUGUUUAUUUUUUGUAAUUUAUUUUUUUGAAAUCGGGGAUGGAAUUUGGCACGGUUGGUGCUGAAGCACAUGAACACACACAAAUGCAGGAAAACACGCACAGAUGUCGGAGAAGUGUGUUGGCGCAUGCGCGCUGCGAGUAUGCGCCUACGUGGACGCAAACCAGCAGCCUCAUACAUGCACAACAACACGCUCACGCCCACCACAGCUUACACACAGACACACACACACACACACACUCAUCCAGAGCUGGUGUGCUAUGACUCAGAGGGGAGCAGCUGGAGCGAAGGCUCCAGCGGCGGCGGUGAGCUGUCACCAGCUGGAGGAGUACAUGUCUCUCUGGGUGCCUCCUCAGCAGGCAGAAUAAAUCACCUCAACGUGUUGCUCUACUGUACGUCGUCAAGCUUUUACUCAUCGGAUCAACGCAGGUAGAGUACUCAGUAUCUCUGCAGGCAGCACUUAGUGCGUCUCCUUUGGGGAAAACUAACACACAUGACGGCUCCCUGCGGUCAACCCCUGUAAACACAUGAGAGGGAAGGAACACAGACAAACCAUGAAAAAGAUAUACAUUGGCAAAACUGCCUUAAAAGUCCCCCGAAAUGGCAGCAAACAUCCGAAGAAGAGCUCACUGCUGGAACAGAAGGAGGACUUACGCAAAAGGCUUUCCUACACGACGCACAAGCUGGAGCUGCUGCAGAGCGAGUUCGACUCCACGCGGCAGUACCUGGAGACAGAACUGCGGCGCGCGCAGGAGGAGCUGGACAAGUUCACUGACAAACUGCGCAGAAUACAGAGCAGCUACUCAGCACUGCAGAGGAUCAACCAAGAUCUGGAGGAGAAGAUCCAAAGAAACUCUCAGCACCACGAUGAUGAGAAGCGAGCGCUCAGCAGAGAGAUCAUUGUCCUCAACAACCACCUGAUGGAGGCAAAGCUCACCAUCGAGAAGCUGCAAGAAGACAACGAAAUGUACAGGAAGGACUGUAACCUGGCUGCACAGCUUCUCCAGUGCAACAAGUCUCUUUACAGGGCGCAGCUCUCCGAGCUGCCGGCUGAUUUUCAAGAGCGGCUGACCAUGCACAUGGAGGAGUCUCCCAUCUGCCACACCUACUCCGACGGCAAAGUGCUGGAGAAGCCCGACGAGGCCUGCAGCAGCAGCCAGGCCUCCCGCUCGCCCAGCCCCCAAACCCAGGACCACACUUUCAUCCUGGAGAGCCUGGGGCCGGGCCAGCGGCUGGGGCUCCGCGCGGCCUACAAGUCUGACCUGUACAGCAGCGACACGGCGCUGUACUGCCCCGAGGACCGCCACCGCGAGCGCAGGCCCAGCAUGGACCUCCACGGCCAGAGGAAGCUCCUAUACGGGCCCCAAAUCUCCACCGACAGCAACCCGGAGGAGGGCUCGGUGGGCGUGAGGGCCGCCUUCCCCCGGGAGCACUUUGCCAAGUUCCCCGCCACGCUGGGUGCAGGCUCCAGCUCCUACUCCAGCUUCAGCGGCGGCGGCUCCGACGACAAAGGCAACGGCCCGCCCAGCAGCGCGGCUUCCUCCCCGCAUCACCACUCCCUCUACAUGGAGUGGAGGGAUGCCGGGGACUUUGAGAGGAAGAGCGACUCGUCCUGGGAGAGGGACAGCCCCAGGGGCUUCGCCGCCGCCCACCCCUUCCAGCAGACGGAGCUGAGCCACCACCAGAACGGCAGCUCGCCCGUCUACAGCCGCACCAUGUCGUCCUGUUUCAGCGAGCCCUACGAGCCGCUGCCCCCCUCCUCGUCCCCGAGCGUCGCCUACGGAGACAGCCGCCGGGGCAGCGCGUUCGCCCCGGAGGAGGAGGAGCUGAUCGGUCGAUGGCGGCAACUCAGCGUGGAGGACUUGAGCGCCCACGCCUACCGCAGCCCCGGCCGGGCCUCCCCUUACAGCUUCUCGGAGCAGCACUUCUCCGUGCGGCCUUCCAAGAUCCGCCUCGGCCCGCUCUACAGCAGCUUCCAGGAGGGGGCCGACUGCUACCGCCACGGAGGGGGCGCCUCGGACGCGGUGUGGGUAGCCGCCAGCCCCAGCCCCGAAUGCAGCCCAGGGCCGCGGCGGGCUCACAGCCAAGCCCACCUGUACCGGGGAGCCGAGGACGGCCAGGGGUCGGAGCACAGCCUCUACCACUCGGGGAGCUCCAAGGACAGGGAGGGCAACGAGGCGGCCGGGGGCCAGGGCACGGAAUACGUCGACCCCAGCCCCGACAGCUCCACCGAGUCCCUGAGCCGGAGGUCCCUGGAGAUGGCCGCGGAGCUGCAGCACUACCAGGUGGAGAUGCACAGCCUGCCGCCGCAGGCGAGCCAGUCGCCGCCGCCGCCGCCGCCUCCGCCCCCGCCUCCUCCGUACAACCAACAAUUCAGCUCCCUGGGACUCACCAGGAAGGACAGCCUGACCAAGGCCCAGCUUUAUGGAACCCUUCUGAACUAAAGACGCGCCCAGCUGGAACGUCUGUUGGCGCGACCCUUUUGAGGGAAAAUGGGUUGGAUAGAAGCCAGAGGCCGAAUAAUUCAGUAUCAUCAACGUGUAACUAUUUCUGAGUGUUUAAAAUCUUUGAUCGUAUGGCAAUGGAUGGCUACAGAUUGCACUACAAUUGUCCUCAGCAAGUACUGUAAGUAUUAUUAAAAGAGUUGAUGGUUAGAAGCUCAAGCAGCACGUAAAAUUUGUAUGAAUGUGUAUGUAUUUCAAUUACAACUGUAUAAAUAUAUACUUAUAACUAAGAAUUUAGUGAUAUAUUUUGUAUGUAGCUGUUAGCAAGAUAUACCUCCAAAUCAAUCAAACAAGAUACAAAUCCUCUUGAUAAACCUGGAACUUGUAAAUAGAUGAAAGACUGCCUAUCCUAUUCCCGAAAAACUCUGCAAAGGGCAUUUUAUCGAGAAUUGAUGCGUGUAGAUUCAAUUCUUAUUUUUGAUGGACUGAAGCAGUGCCGGCCUUGUGAGGCUUUGAAUGUUGCAGGUUGAAAAUAUUAAAACAACAAAAUCAAUGAACCACUUACACAAAUGAGAAACAUACUCUUUGUUUAUCUUCUGUUAUUUCAAUUUGACGGUAUCAGUGAGUGUGUUAUAUUGUUAUUGAUGGGACAUUUUCAGAUCUGUCUUAGCCGUUGAUAUUAUUUUAUUUUUGCUCUUCUAUAUCCCACGGAGAGUUUUUCCUGCCCCCUUUCUACCUCAGAUUUGGAUGCCCACACCCCAUCAAGCCAUUGUAACCCUGUUUCUUUGACGACAAUGCAUGUUUAUAUAUUUUGGUUGUUUUGUUCGCCUAAUAAAGCACAAGUGAUACACA